AGCGCGGUUGGUCAAAAUGUGUGGGAUUUUAUAUGUGUUGUUGGCGGUAGUUGGUGUUGCGCUAGCGAAGCCCAAACAGUAUGGAACAGUGUUCGAACCCGUGUAUGACCCUGGAUAUGAGCAGUAUUAUAAUGACCGUCCACGCUACGCCUUCAACUACGGAGUCGCGGACCACUCUACUGGGGAUGUGAAGUCGCAGCACGAAACCAGGGAUGGGGAUGUUGUCAAAGGUCAGUAUUCUCUAGUAGAGCCUGACGGCUCAAUACGCACGGUGGACUACACUGCCGACUCUGUCAAUGGAUUCAACGCGAUAGUCUCAAAGUCUGGGCCCAGCAUACACCCAUCUGGACCUGCGCAUUAUCCUGUGCAGUCUUUGCAACCUGUGCAACCUGUGCAGCCUGUGCAGCCUGUGUACCAGAUUGUGAAACCUGUGGCUGUACCUGUGCAGAUACCGAAGCAGCUGAUAGCGCGACCGAUCUACCCCUCACAAGUACCUUAUGUAUACGCAAAAGUACCUCAGUUUCCGGAGUAUGACAACUACGAACUCGACGGGCCUGCCAACUACUACUAG